AUGCCCCGCGCUCGUCUCUACCUGGGUGCGUGCCCAGACCGAACCCAGCACAGGCCUGCUACUCUCACAUCAACUCCACCGCUGAUCAAAACAUGCACUCUCAUCUUGCUCGCGUCUGGUGCAGGUGCGUUCCUCACCUUGUUCACCAUCGGCACCGUCGGCAUCGCCAGGGGGACCUUCAACAUGAUGAGGGUGCGUUUUGACUCGUAA